AUGACCAUCACAGACCGUCCAGACAUGGCCUCCGAGCAGACCGCAGCCGUCGUGCCAGACCACGACCCGUGGACCGGUCCUCCGAAGGACGGCCUGUACGACCCGCAGCUGGAGAAAGAAGCGUGCGGCGUGGGCUUCAUCGUGGCCAUAGACGGCAAACGCACCAAUAAGGUAACCACCUUACUCUAGGAUGACCAUACGCCCCGUUAGCGAAGGGAUUUUUUUUUUUUAUGUAUCGACAUCUCUUGUACCAACUAACUUCAAUCGGGACGAUUUGUGUCUGGUUUUACUAGACGGUCUGUUAUCCUCGUAAUAUUAUGGGCGUUUAAAAGAAAAUAUCUUACUACGAAAAAUCAGUAACGAACAAUAUUUUUGCAGCUUUAUAUUAAUAACCAUAUAAUAGGUACCAACAUAGCGAUUUUCGUGUAACAAGCCUCAAGACGUCACGUUCAAAUUGAAAAAUAAAAUAUUUGAUGUCUUUUUUAAGUAUUUAGUCGAAAUUGUUGUAUGUCUUUUUUAUAUAAAUAUGGUCAACUUAACCCGUCACCGGGAGCGGGGCGGUAUAGGUACGCGUUCAGGCGAUCGGGAUGGAGACCAUGACGUUUAAUCCCCGACGGACAAAUCGAAAUCAGCCCUUACCAACCGGCCACGCCCACCGCGACUCACGUCGAAAAUCGCUCCUGUCCUACCCGCCCUCCUUACCCCUUGACAAUUCGAUGAACGGAGAGGGGUGGUUGAAUCUUGAUUCACUUACUGCGGUUCACCCUCCCCCCUCCCCACGAACGCCACCNAACGCCCCCCCCCCCCCCUCCCCGGAAUGCUCUUUUUUUCAUUGAUAUUAUUAUCAAUUGGGUUCAAUUUCGCUUGUCUCAGCUGAUCGAUUUCUCGUUUCCCGAUCCGGCCGCCAAUAGAACUUAUUUAUUUUUUUCCUCUUCAUCGGUAGGAUUCCUCGUCGCCAUGACGACUAUAUCUAGUCAAAUAAUACGACUGACCUUGAGCACUUUCUGCACCAAUCGACUUUCGCCACGUCAUAAAGCUCCACCAAACUCCACCCUCGUGCACCGGUUGAAAACCAUUCCGUUGGUUCCUGUCGGCCUGUCACUACGAUUGAUAACACAAUAUACAAUUAUCGUUGUAAACGGUUCGGCGAGUGACCUAAUCUACGAUAUUGAAUAACGAAAUAGCCCGAAAGGGACGCCGAUGGGAACUACAGGAAUAUCUAUUACCUGCGGAUUAUCAAAGACCCAUUACAGGUGCUGAUGGUAUCCUUUAAACGAUCCGUUAUCGAUUUCGACGAAUUCAAUAUAAAUCGAAUGUAUAUAUGACUGUGGUUUUUAACCUUUGUGUAAAUGCAUAAAAAUACCUUACAAUCUUUUCAUAUACAAUAACGGAACAUGCGAAUCUAUUUUUCUGGGUAUUCGAUUAAAAUACAUCAUGUCCACAUUAUCAAUAAUAACGUUCUGUUUUUGAACACCCGGAAUCGGUAAAAACCGCCGGUCUACGGAUUUAGAAACAUACGAGGGAAAAUACGAUUGGUACACGCUGAAUCAUCAACGCGAUAAAUGGCACGUAGCACGUGGGUAAUGAUAUUAUUAAAACCGUACGCGGUAACCAGGUAAGUACGAGUGUACGAUAAAAAAAAGUUCGAAAAGCGACGUAUUAGCAGUUACUUGUUGGGCAGGUUGGUUUUUAUUUUAGCACUCGUGUUCGAUCGUUGUGAGAUUCCUAGUGGAAAUUAGGGAUCAAAAGAUUUUAUCGGAAUCGAUUGGCCUUUGACCGAUCGAUUUGUGCACUAUAAUAUUAUAGUUGUCAAGAUUAACGUUGAACUCUUUAUCUCAAAAAUUAAAUAUUUUUUUUUUUUACGAUGGGCUAGUAAUUAAAAUAAAAAACUAAAUUAAAAUAAACUCGCGAUUGUACGUAUUAUGUGCGUGAAAUUCGUUUAGAGAAAAAUAUUAUUUUGUUUUUUAAUUUAGAACCGAUCGUGAAACGUUCGUAACAAAUGUAUAAUUGAAAUUUUGUGUAUGCGUAUUAAACACGAUUUUACGCGUAUUUAACACUCUUUUACGCAUAUUUAACACGCUUUUACGCAAUUUGCGCGCGAUCUUCGAACGGUUAAAAAUCAAAACCGUCAUUUUAUAAUGGCACUAUAAGAAGGUAUGGGUGCGUAUUUUAAAUAAAAUUACGUUUUCCUUCUCAUACGUGCGCCAUCAAUCGACAUAAUAAUUAUUAUGAUGAUUUAUCACCCGUACUGCUCAUGAUAAUAUAAUAACGUUGAACGCGCCGUUAUCUGCAUUUCAGUGAAAACUAAAAAUCGCGCGUUUACUCCGCGUUUUUACUCGGGUCAUUUAUCCGCGGUGCGUUACACAAGCCCCGUAAAGUUUACCGCCGACGAACAGUGAAAAAUCAUUUUCGCCGUUCCGUUUUGUUUUUUUUAGCAAUUUCAAACCCCAAACUGCCACGUGCACCGUAACCUGUGACGGGUAUUCGCCUAAUAAUAAUAAUAAUAAUGAUAAUAUUAUUAUCGUAUCGUUCUUAUCUGUUCAACAGACACGCGCGUUAUUAUCCGUACGCACGGGCCAUUGAUGUUUUACGUCGUGUUUUACAUUCUAUAACGUCGUGACGUCAUUUAGGCGUGUUUUUUCAUUUUUUUCUACUAUCGUAAUUCUUGAAAAAUCAUUCGUGUUGUGUCUUCGCAUAAAACAACACGCAGCGGAUGUUCGGAACGGUUUUCGUUCCGUCGGUCCGAUCGACGUGUGUAUAACAGCGAAACGUCCGUGGCGAUGGAUCGGGCAUCGGUUUUUUUUCUAAAUCAAUAAAUAAAAUGAAAAUCAACGCCCCGACGAUUUCGGAGGAAAAAAAAAACCACAAUAACAAUCGCGACUGUAAUUAACACAAAAACGGGCAGUCGGGUAGGCAUAAUUAUACGAGUACGCGCGGCACGUGACACGUGGUAUAUUGUGUUACUUUCAACAUUUUUACAGCGUGUUUUAUCCAUUGUGUCGUCUGUAUUAUUUUACAGACGGUAUUAUCGCAGUAUUGUAUUCUAUAGGCAGUUAAUUAGGCUGAGCAUACGAUUACGUAAAUCGCGAUUUUUUUAUACGUGGCGCGUGUAUUAAAGAUACACCCGAAUCGCCGUGUUGUCGGUGAGUAGGUAUGUGUGUGUUUGCAAUAAUUAUUGUGAGUUUUUUUUUUUUUUCUAGAAUACACACUAAUUAUUGUUAUUAUUUAAAAAACUUUUACCGUGCACCGUGGCCGCGUAACGAAAACAAUAGGCUUGUUGAAAACUUAACGUUUUUUUUUUUUUUUUUUUUUUUUUUCGAAACGUCGAAAGAUAUUAUGUUCAAAAAAUAUCAACAUUUAUCUACGACUCGUAAGUGUCAAUAUUUAUUUUAAUGUACGGUACUUGAUAUAACUAUAUAGUGCAGGUACCACCGUAACGUUGAAUUAUCUGAGAGUUUACAUUUGUAUUAUUUUAACCAUCCGUAUAAUGGUACGUAAUAUACGCGAGCAGCUGUUCAAUUUUCACAUUGUUAAUAUUCUAUCAAUGAAACGAACGAUACGAAUAAAACUACUGUGAAUGGAUAAACAUUUAAUGAUGGCCAUCAGUGGCGGCUCGAUGCAUUUUUACUUUGAAUCGCCGGUUUCAUUUCCCAUCCAUCCAUCCACCCGCCCAUCACGACUCAAAAUACCUCCACCCUACUGUAAACGUAUUGAAAUUUAACAAAUCCCAAUAAAAUUCGUCAAAUUUAUCGAAUUUCCGCAGUCUAAAAUUCUCUUUUGAUGAAUUUCAUUUUUUAAAAAACAUAAAAAAUUUUGUUAUAUUUCUGAACACCCGGGCACCCGUGACCCACCUGUACAGUUAAACGUAACGAAAAAAUGAAUAGAUCAUUUUCUUUGCAAAGACGAAAAUCCGAAGUACAAAAAGCAAUAAUUAAGAACAUUUUUUUUUUUUUCCGUUACUUAAAUAAUUAUUUUUCUCAUAUCAUUCAGCAAAUGUGGUAAGUUUGAUCCGGCCUACUAGAAUAUUGAAACGACUCCAUUUUAAAAGUACCUAAUAAUAAUAAAUAAUAACCAAAAUUGUGACAAAAUUUGCAUAUGACAUACGUUUUUAAAAUAAUUUUACUUUCUCGUCCGUGUGUAUCGUUGUACCUUCCUAACUUCUCACCUACAACGGUGGCCGCUUACAUCCCCAGUAUCAGCUCUUUUUUAAACGUUUUUUUUUCUGAAGUUUAAAAUAAAAAUAUUAAAUAUAAGAUUAGAUAUUUAAAAUAUUAUCUUAUAAUUAAAUUUAAUAUUAUUAUAUAGUACAUAGCUGCCCGGAUAUGCUUCCUAUUGCUAGAUAAUAAUGUAGGUGAUGAGUCAAUCAGUCAGUCAGGACAUGUUAUUUAUAUAUAUAUAUAGAUUUUUAGUUAUUAACAAUGUGUUUCAUUUAUAACAAAAACAAGUUACAAGUUACUUUAAAACAACAUGUUAGUGCAUAUCCUAAAAGUUCGGGCAGCUAAAACUAUAUCAGUAAACAUUAAAUAUCAGAAUAAAAUCACUGAUAAUCAUAUUCACAUAUUUAUAAACACUAAAACCAAUAGAUAAUAAUUAGAGAUUUCUCGUACAGCUUAAUUUAUUAUUGACAGUUAGUUAUCACUGAUCAGGAGUACACCAUUUUCGAUAACAGAAUUAUUAUAACCAUGGAAUUAUAAAACUAUUUGUUUUAUUAUUAUUAUUUGUAUUACGGUUUAAUUUAUUUCCGUUUUCCUUACUGGAUUUGUUUCGUUUAAUAACUUUUUUUUAAAUGCGUUUUAUUUUGCCUGCAAAUAAUGCAUCGUGUUAUGUCAUUUUGUAAUGUAUAAUCAUUUAUGUAUUGCUCAUUGUCAGUAAAUUUCAAUAUAAAUAUAUAUAUAUAUAUAUUAUUUAUUUAUUAUUUCAUAUUUUUAUAUAUGUGUGUUUAAAAAGACUAUAAUUAUUCAUAAAUCACGAAUGAGUUGUUAAAUGAAAGAAAUAAAUGGCCAAAAGAGGAUAUGAUGCCCCCUCCUCUCGUGAGCACUACUAUGUGGUCGCAGUGCGCAACGGAAAUCGUAUAGUAUUUAUUAUUAUCCGCAACAAAUGAGUCGGAAAGACGGUAGGGGGAGAAGAGAUUUGCACGCAAACGAAAUUCGUCAACAAAUUGUCAAAUCUGCAUAGUAUUGAGAUUAGGUUACGUUUAUUUUUUGCAUUGUCAACGGCAAUCAAGCGCAGGGCGGCAGCUUGAGCAGUCGCGCUCGGGACGGUUGAAUCCGUACAUUAUGACGCGCGCGAUACUGUCUGACUUGGGAUUUUAUUUUGUAUAAUUAUUGUUCCGUAUUACGGCUCUUCUAUUUUCGUAUACGGUUAUUUGCGUGCGUUGGCCCAAUUUCAAAAUAUUCAAUUGUCCGGGUUUUGUCCAACGCGAGCCUACGAUUGGUCGCAGCCCGUGUACCCCGAUCGUAUAUAGGCACAACCGACAGACGUCUGAUAAAUAUAUCAGACAUCUGACGGUUGUAUAGUAAUAACUAUAUGACACAUGUUUGACGACUUUGCGCGGGACGUGUCUUUUUUGGACAUGUAAAUCGGUACUGAUUUUUGCGACUGUCCAGUAAUCGUAUACGGGGGCUGGCCCGGAUGCUGGGUUACUAUCAUUUAUUUGGCCCAAUCGGUCAAAAUUAGAUUAACAUGUGUUUUUAAUUCUCUAACAUAAUACAUCUAUUACUAAGUAAACAAAUUAUAAAACAAUUUGUUUCAAUAAUUCAACAUGAUAUUAUCAUCAUUAAUUGUUUUACAUUACUUUAAUAUAUUAGCACUUUCUAGACGUGCUAUUAUUUUCGAAAUAUCCUAGUACUUUUUGAUAUUUUUCUUUUUAUAUGAAUGAAAAUACUUUAUUGAAUAUUUCAUUUUAUAUUAUAAUAUUAUUAUAGUAUAUUAAUACAUUGUAGUCUGUAACCCAAUGUAUGGAAUGGCAGAAUUUACCUACAGUUCGGGCCUGACGAUAACAACUGAUCGACAAUUUUUCACCGUCAUAACAGUCCGAAUGGCUAAUCGAUUAUCAAAAUAAAAUUAUUUCGAAAUAACAGCUGAAAUUGCGAUACUUUAAACGCGAUAUAAAACACCGUUGCAGUAGACGGUGUCCAAGAGCAGGAAGACUCCGGGUUCAGACCAAUUCCCACUCACCCUUGAACCGUAUAAAUGUUUAGAAACAAAAUGUUGAUAUUAAUUUUUUGUUUAUCAUUUAUAAAUUAUAAUAUCAACGUUUUAAAAUAUAUUAUAGAUUGCAAACUCAGAAAACAAAUCAAAUGGAUUAGCUCUCUCCUCAAUAAAGGAUGUUUUUUUUUGUCAUGAACCAGCAGUUUUAUCGGAGGAUUUUAAGUAAAUUUGAUUUCUGUUUUUUUAAUCAUUGUGGAAUCGGUAAAGCUUCAUUUUAAAACUAUUUGCAAUUUUUACACUUAAACUAUAUGUACCUUAAAUAAAUAAUUACUUUUUUUUUACAAAUGUGAAAUUUAAUACAAACAGAAUUUAUUUUUUAUUUUAAACAAUGUCUUGUACAAUUUUGUAAAUUUUGCGGUGCACAUUGCGUUCAAAAUAUAAUAUUAGUAUUAAGAAAUAGUGUAUAACAGAACACAAAAAUAAUUUUUCGCUGCAAUUUGAAAAAUACAAAAUGAAAUAAAUUGAUAAAAAGUUUAGCGGUGUAUAAAUACUGUAACGUUGCGCAAUAGUUUUUCAUUACCUAAAUAAAACUUUAGGGUUCGAAAAAACAUUUACUUUUUUUGUUUUUAUUACGCCACAGAACGCAACUAUAUAGUAGUAAAAGUACUAUAAAUACAAUAAGUAAAUAGCUCGUACCACGCGAAUUUUAUAGAUAUAGAAACAUUUUUUAAUAAUUUAAAAUACAAACCUAAAAAAAAUAUUUCAACUUAACAUUCAAUUAGUUUUGCCAUAAUUUUUAUUUUUUUUUAUUCUUCGUAAUUACUAUUUUAUUUUUUUAAAGUUAACUUAAUAUAAGUAAUACAUAAUAUUAUAAAAGAUUACAUUAUUAUAUGUAUUGUCUAUCUAUUAGGUAUUCAUUAUAAUUAUUGAAUGCCAAAUUGUACAAAUUCAAUUCUUCAUAACACCCCCUUUUCCGACCGUCGUUAUACAAUAUAUAUAUUACAGCUAACCGGUAAAAUUAAAAAUUCAUAAUUAGCACGAUCUCAACACCUGCUUAUACGUAAAAGAAUUUUAAAAAAAAAAUCGUGUAAAGAUAUUGUUAAAUCCUAUUAAAAUUCCAUAGUAAAAUUAUUAGGUACACGCGCGUGCAUAAUAUCCAAUCCAUCACAUUAAAACCGUUAGGUUAUUAUAAUAAUAUAUAGUAGUGACCUUAAUCUCGAUGUAUAUUUAUUUUUAUAAUUUCGUUCGUAUCGUAAUAUUUUUAAAACAAAAUAUGAUUAUUAUAUUUUAUACAUAUAACGAACGUUAUUCGCUAUAAUGUAUAAAAUAUGCAAAAGUGUGGCCGUCUGUUUGUUACCUUUUCACGGCUAAACCGAUCUUGAUAAAUGAUAAACCUAACCUAACCUUGGGUACGGGAGAUCGCUCAUCGCUUCUCGAAUACGGACACAGGUAGGCUAUUUUUUAUGCCGGAAUUCAACCCCUUAAUGGGUUAUCCCUUGAUUUUUGAUCGUACAAUCUAAAAAUUAUAUUUUAAUGGUUUAUUCUUUACAGGUUACUCGGUUGAAAAUUAAAUAUUUUUUUGAUAUUCAUUUGGUUUCCGGGGAAAAAAUGGUUAAAUCAGUUUUCGCUAAUUUUUUGCUAUACAAUUUUAUUUAAUGUAAUUUUCCCUUUAUUUUUUGGUCUAAAUAAGCGAAUGCCUUUUCAAAAUGACUAGAUAUAUAUAGUGUAUUAAUGUGUACCAAUGUUUAUGUACAACUCUAGACUUCGAUUCAAGAAGAGCCGAUCUUAGUUUUUUUAAUUACCUUAUGCUAUUGCAGGUUUAAUAUUGUCAGGUUCUUCACUUAGAAAAUAAUCACAUAAGAAAUACCAUAAAUAUUUUAUUUUCGACAUCGGUCUAUUUUUUUUUUUUUGUAAUUUUAGUGUUCAAAACAUCGUCCCUGUAGCAUAAGAAAACAAACAUCAAAUUAUAAAUAUUGUAUCAAAUUUUCAUGCAAAAAUUGAGUUUUGACCCAAGAUUUAAAAGUAUAAUAUGAUACAAUGUAUAAUUUGCUUUUAAUUUAGCCAUUCUUCCUUGGGACCAAGUAUAAAUGUAUACACCCGUGAGCAGCAGAGAUCCAUCAAUAGAUACAAUUUUUUAGUCAUAUAGUUAGAGAUUGUAAAAAUAAAUGAAAUAACAUGGGUUCAGAUUUUCAAAAAUAUAUUAAAAUUAAAUAAAAUACUAUAUCUACAAUAGUGUAGCUAAAAUCAUAAGCCAAAAAACAGACAUGCUAUUGUGCGGUAGAAGGGAAGUGGAAGGUGGGGGAUUACAAUCACGAUAUUUAAUUUGGCACAAAAGAAGCCUUUCGGGCACGUUUAUAUAGUAAAAUAAUUCAUAAAUUAUUUGAACGUCCGUGUAGUAGAGUUAUUAGUAAGUUACCUAUAUUAUACAAAACCGUGAAUUUCAUAAACCCAAACGUAUACAUCAAUGUCAUACGAUUUAAAAUAUAUUCUAAAUAAUACAAAUUAACAUUAAUCGAAAUUUAUAGACGAGUACUUACCUGCUAUGACAGUAUAGCAGCUGUCACGCUAAAAUUAUUGAUAUGACGUCGACUUAUUCAGAAAUGGGGUAGGUAUUUAAUUUAUUGGCUAUUGGCUCCUGUGUACCUAUACCUAUAAAAUAUCUAUAUGUAAAAUAUAUUGUUAACAAUUUCGGCUUGUAUACUUAGCUUUAUGGAUAUACAAUCGUUGUUUAAGUGUCAAAAUAGAGUUACAAUGUCUGAAGUAAUAAUUAAUAAGUGGAACAAUGUAUUUAUAUAUACGAAUAUAAUAUUUAUUAUACUAAAUGGGGAUGCAAUUGAACUAUAGCCUUAUAGGUAGGUAUACACGUACGUUUCCCCAAAAAGCCGAUUGAAAAAUUUACUAAAAAUAGUUUAUUUUUUUGGCACUUUGACAUUAUUGAUAAAUAUACCUAAUAUUAUGACAUUUUUAGUAACAUUAUGAAAUAAAGUCAUUUUUCGUAUGCUAUAUACUGUGUGAUGUUUCUAAUAAAUAUGCCCAAUUAUUUGUUUUCGUUUAUUUGCCAAUUUAAAUGACUUAUUUAUCGGUAUCGUUUAUUAAAAAUUUUAAAAUUUAUCAGAAAUGCAUUAAUAUAUCAUUGGUUCCAGAGAAGAAGGGCUUAGUCAAUUUUGAGAAUUUCUUUUUAAUUUUGUCUUGCACAACUUUUUCUUUUAUUUGUUGAUCAAAAUAACAUACGUGAAGUAUGUUUUUUCAAAAUUAAUUGUAUUUAAAAAACUAUACAAUCUAUUCCUCCUUCUCCGGGACUUGAGAUAUAAUAUACUUGUAUUUUGAUGGCAUUAUUUACAAACAAAUAAUUUUAGAAACAAUAAUAAUUUCUAAAUAUUUCACAUUAAAAAUGUAUCGUGAAUAACUAUUAUUUUUAGUUUAUAUUGGCGCCGGAUUGUCAAUACCUUGAAAAUUGGAAAUUAAUUUAGUCAAUAUUAAUCGUUCUGAUUUGAAUCAAAUAUAUUAUACCGAUUACUGCUAAACUCAAUAUGUAUAAAUCAAUAUGGCAAUAUUUAAAACUUAUGAAAUCGGUUCCCCGUUAAAUGUAUAUUGCACACUAUAUACUUUUAUACAUUGAUUAAACAAAUUAAAGUUAAAUUUAACUUAAAGUAUGUCAUUAUUAUUAGCUACUAUACUAUACACUGCACGUAAGAUUUCGGCGUAGCGCACUUUAAUAACUACAUUAUCUUAUAAGCAGAAUAAUAAGCUUUGUUAAUAACUUACUUAAUAGUAUAAUAAUAUGCAAUGCAGACUUUAGAUAUUAUUUUGUAUUAUUACAUCAUAAUUCAAACAAAAUUGAUUUUCUUUUUAAACAAUUAACAUCAAUUUACUAUUAUAUCCACAAACAGAAGUUUGUAGCUAGUUAAAUAAAUUUAUCGUAUCUUUACAAACAAUUAAUAGUAAAAAAAUAAGAAUUCCUAACUCGUUAUUAGACUGAUAGCAAAAGAUUUUAUUUCAUUUCAUUGUUUUUUGAACACUAAAUCUAAAACUCGAAUUUAAAAUAAUGAUGCGCUUAUAAGUCUUAAAAGGUAUUGAGUUAUUUUUAUAAAUAAUUGUAUUAAUAUUAAAAAAAAAAAAAAAAAACUAUAAUUAUAUUUAUUUAAAUUAUUAUAAAAUUGUUUAAAACUAAAUCCGCGGCAAUCGGUGACAGUGGCGUGCUCAAGGGAUUUUCAUUGGGAUGUGGUGGUAGUAAAUAAUAAUCAUAAUUUGUGAUUAAAUCGUAUAUUCGGUCUUAUGUUAUACGUAAACCAAUAAUGAGGAUUUAACAACCUGAUCCAAAAAAAAAAACAAUUUUUAUUCUAUACAUUUUUUUUUUUCAAUCGCGAUUUGGCAGAAAUAUAUAUAAUGUCAAAAAAAAAAAAAAAAUGAAUAAUAAAUAAAUUUACUCAUAGUUGUUGUAUUUUUAAGUCAUGGUGGAUAGAAAUAUAAAAAAAUAAUCUUCCCUCCUUUCCCUUUACAUGCCACUGAUCGGUGAUAUGGGUGCAUUCAAUUUUCAAUGCCAACAUAAAUUAACAAAACAUAUAAUAUAUUUGACUACAAAUUUCAUUCGUUCGUUAGAAUAGUGUAUAUACUCUUUUCUGUCAUGGAAAAAUUAAUGUGUAAUUUUGGUUAUGUAACAAGGUGUCAUAAAUAAUAAUAAUAAAUACAUAACGAUAUAUUAUUUGAAUACGAUUAAAAUAUGUUAAUUUGAGUAACCGGUUUUAAGGAUUUAAUGUCACUUGUCGGUGUUUGUACAAAUUUAUAAUAUUUUCAAUGUUUUUUCAGCACUUUCAAUUUAAAACCAUAUACCUAUAGUACAUACUAUAUGUGUAUAUUAUACUAGGUGCUUACAGUUGGCAGUUUAAUGUUUUUAUCGCUUGCUGCAAAUUUCGUUUCCAAACUUGAUCUGAAUUCAUAGUUAAAUUCUGGGCAUAAGUAGCUUACGUAAUUCUACGUAUAUACAGGUGUCCUACAGUGUUAUUUGAAUGCUAAUAAUUUUGUCAAUAUUCAUUUUUAUAAAAAAAAAUGUCUAAAUCAGAUAUUGUGUCAGGGAGAUUCAAAUGUAGAAAAAAAUUAAAUUUUUAUUUUAUCACUUUUUAAAAUUUUAAAAACGGGCAAUUUGUAAAAUAAAUUAUUUUCAACAUUUUGAUGUAUCAUAUAACUUACAUAUUUGAUAAAAAGUUUCUUACUAAUAACCGUUUAAAUUUCUAGAAAAUUGAUGUGAAAACAAUUAAUUUUCAAUAUAAUAAGACGUUACGUGAUAAGGAAUCACUAUCAGCACGGUAAUUCCUUAUCUUCUAUUAAAUAUUAAUUGGUUUCACGCCUAUUUUCUAUACAUUAAAACCACUAUAGCAAAGAAACACUUAAUCAGAUAUGAAUGUAUAAUACUUACAUUCAAGUCAAUAAUUCAUUCAAUAAUAUAUAUUACAAAAUGGCUAUUUUGACAAUUUUAAAAAGUGAAAAAAUAAAUAGUUAUUCGUACGUAAGUUAAUGUUUCGUAAAAAUAUACACGAAACACGGUUUUUAUUAUUAUUCAACUAGUUGUAAGCUCAUCGUAUGGCGAGUUGUAGUGGAUUUUGUAUUUGGUUGCCAUGGUAGGCGAAUCAGUAAAGCGUUACAGACAGACGGAUCGCAGUUUUUAUAAUAUUAUAAUAUACGAUUCGGUUGUCACAAACAAUUACGGUUCGGGAAAUUGCAGUCGAACAUAAUAUUAUAAAAUUAUGAUCUGUGAACAAUACCUCAAUGGUAUUGACACCCCUAGGACAGGUUAUUUCUAACAUGAACUGCCGGUUAAAUAUAAUAAUAUAACCGAGUAGGUAUUUCGUUUUGUAUAUCUUAUGUAUUAAAAUAAAAUUGUUUUUUGCGAGCGUUCUGGACGAACGGUUUAGUGCUCGGAGGACAUGCGGUGUUUUGUCAGUUUUACGACGUGAUAACCCAUUGCACGCGUCGUAUUAUUUUCCUAUCACCGUCGGUAGGAAAAAAGUCGAAAUUCGCACGUUUUAUCGUAUAGUUAUACCGUUUGGCGGGUGUGUCUGCCAUGUACCACGGUGUACGGUACACACGAGUACGGAAUAGCAAAUUAUAUCGCGUGAUUCCCGGAGAAAAAAUGAUCGAAACAAAAGCGCCUAGAAACGGGCGAUAACCGGCUGUGUAGGUUAGAUUGGGUCCAACACCGCCAUUAUAACCUAUUAUACUUGUGGAUACGUGUCAAUCAAUUAAGAUCUACGAGUCAACCGUAUAAAGGUGUAUACUCGCCUUUUUUUCUCGAUAUUAUCAGUUAUGACCGUAUCACUGUAUUUGUAAAAACUGUCCAUAUACAAUAAUGCCUAGUAUAUGGUUAAUAUGAUACACAAAAUUGCCAAGGACAAUUCGAAGUUUGUUUGUACUUGUGUAAAACCUAAAGAAAAAUAAUGUUUUUUUACGCCUCGCCGUGCAAUCGAGAUUAUAAUGUCUUACUGCUUUAAGAAUUUCAAAGAUGUGUGACGAAUGAGGGAUUUCGGGACGAAAUUAAUGUCGAAAAACGACCGGGCCGAGGAGUGGCCGUCCACACUGAAAAGCGUGUGUGGAAUGAGGUGUCCAUUCUGUUUAAUAAUAUAGCAGGAAACGAGUUGCAGUCGUAUGGUCAUAAUAACAUAUGUUCCGCUGUCCAACAAAUUCUAAAUAAUUCGGUAUCCAGCGAACCCUUCGACAGAUCCACCUUUUAGUAGAAAUUCGGAUGACAGGGUAAUAUAUUAUACGAGUGCUACGGACCGCACGCGUGUAUAUCGAAAUCAUAUUUUCGUUGUUAUUAUUGUUUUGAGCGGCGGCGGGUGCCUCGGUUUCGGGGAAACUUGUGGAUCGAUCGGUUGCGACGGCGUAUUAGCCUGCGCGCUCGCCCCGGGCCCCGUCCGGACGUUGCCAACUGCGUUUUCGAUUCGUUCCCGACGCCACCGUCGUCGUCGCCGGCGCCACAACGAUUUUCCCCUCUCCGGUCUCUCCUCCCCCCGCACCCGUCAGUCGUACACUUGACCCACUUACACCAUCGUCGCUACCAUCGUUUUCGAUAUUCGUUUCUGAAUCGGCCGGGUUAUUAUUAUUUAUUUAUAAUAAUGCAUAUGUACUUGGUAAGUGUCUAAUAUUAAUUACGAUAUAAAUAUCGGCGUAAGCUUAAUUACGAUUUACGACACUUUGGAAAAAAAAUCACUCCAGAACUCGUAUAGAGGGAUAAGAAUUGUUUACGAACGAUUUAUACUUUGACGAGAAGUCCUACACGUGUGUCAAUAUAAUACAGGUUGUUCAAAAUUAUACCGAGUGCCGUAUAGCGCAAUAUUUAGUUUUUGGGGUUUACCGUAAUAUAAUAUGAUUGCGUCAAAUAAAAUAAUACUAUUUGGAAAAUUAUUAUCAUUCUAUAAGACUUGGAAUUUCCUUCUAUUUAUUUGUAUAUAACUUGAUAAGAUAGAGUGUAUAAUAACCAUUUUAAAUCGGAUUAAUUAUUUUAAAUAACUCUGUAUACUUAAACAUAAUACGAGUAUUUAUGCCCCGAUAGGUAUGCGGAAAAUUAGAUAUAACGAAUUCGUGUAAAAAAAAAAAGCUGAUACAGUCGCGUGAGCCACUGUUUUAGGUAAGAAAUUGGAAGGGAGGAUUAUAUUAUUAAGUAAUUUAAUUUAUGUCUGUACGCAACGAUAAACCAUUAUUAUUAACUAAAAAAUAUUAUUAUAGUGGUAUUUUUCCCCUUGCUUCCAAGGUUACAACAAAUAUUAUAAACAAAAAUGUGUUAGUUUUUCCCAUGUACCUAUUAAGAAAAUCAUAACCUCUCCAAUUUGCCAACUAGAUUUUUAGUCUAAAUUUCUCAAUUCUACAAGAGUGUUCUUAUAAAGUUUUUGAUUAGAGCAAGGUUUCUGUUAGAAAAGUUAAACACAUGGUAAAACUGUAAAAUCAAUACAUUUCUAUUUUCGCUCAGAAUAUAAAAACAAAAUAUAUUAAAAUGACGUCCCUAACUAAUCCUAUACAUGAGAUUAGUGUGUAAAGACAACUGAUCGAAACCGCUAUCCAAAAACGUGCCGGCGGACUUAAUUUUUUAAUUUUGAAUUCGAAAACGGAAGAAAGUGUCGGUGAAUAAAUAUCCCGGUUUUCCGCGUGAACGGUUUCGCCCCGAUCAAUAGUCGCUACGGCGUAUAUUAUAAUACAUAACCGUUGGAAACUCGUAUAAUUAAAUUUGUUCUAUCUAUAUACAUUAUACACGGUGUUUGAAAACUAUAAAUUUAAUAAAGCGAAUUUUUCACGCCAAGAGUUUUACAUUUUAAAACUGCAACAAUGCAGCUGCAGUACUGGCCUAGUUACAUUUUAAGCUGCAGUUAACACUGCAUUAUGUCAAUAGACUAUCUCUUCCACGAUAAUACACCGAACUGCAGUGUAUUUCAUUUUGCGAAAUUUUAACGUUUAUAUUCCAAUCAAAUAAAAUUAUAUUAUAUUAUAAUUAUGUUCCUAUAUAAAUUCGUCUGCAGUGAUGCCACCUGCGUGGUUUCGGUUUCUUUUUAAAUAAAAAAUCUUCGAUGACAACACACUCUAAACCUAUUAUCACUCAACACCUUGCAAAUUCGGUUGAAUUGUGAUGGAUUUGUUAUCAUUUAUUUUUGUUUUCUGAACACUGCGAAAAAUGUAUUAGGUUUUAUCAUGGUGUGUACAUUUUUUUUUUCUAUUUGUUAAUAAUUUUUCUUCCAGAAACCUAACUUCAAUUUUCAAUCGGGGCAUCUUUUAUGACAGCAGAUUUUUUUGGUGUAUUAAGGGAGAUAAUAUCUGUAUUAUAAUUUACAUUCGAUGUCAUCUAUAUAGUAGUCUCGCCAUCACAAAUACUGAAAAUUAUGUUUAUUUAAUAUUUUAUGAUGUUAUCAUUACACUGAUGCCAUCAUAAAAAAUGUACGAGAACAUAAUACAGCGUAUGGAUUGUUUACAAGUUUUAAAAUAAUCACGUUUCAUGACUAAAAUAUAGUUGCUGUGUAAGUGCCUGGAUCAAUACCGGCUCCCGGUUUUAACCAUGGCGUUUCGUUCAUUAAAACGGUAUUGUCAUUUUUUCCGUUAUUGAACUUUUCCUCGCUCUAUGUGCUUGAAUCUCAGUAAUUAUUCGUAUCAAAUCCGUAUUGUUAUCGACGCCAAGCAAUUGCAUGAUAUGAUAUCGGUGUUCUCGCUCGUGUGACGGAAAAUUUCAAUGACGUUCUUUGAUGAUAAUUUAACCGAAAGGAAUAUAUAUAUAUAUACCUAUAUAAUAUAUAUUUACUUAUUUUUUAUUGAUUAAGCCCGGGGUUGAACUCCAGAACUUUAAUAUUAAAUGCAAUCGAAUCGUUUGCAGUUUAUCAAACGCUGUUGUUUUACCGAAAUUAAAUAACACCGAAAUAGAUUUGAAACGAGAAGCCAUUGAAUACACAUUUUCGAAAUUACUUUCCACUUACGUAAGAAAUGUCCGAAUCCCAUUGUUUUUGUUCGACAAGUCGAAAAAUGCCAUUAAUAUGUCACGCCGAAUUGCUUUACUGAUAUUAAAGUUGUUAUGAAUAAUCAAUUAAAAUUAUCUGCUGCACAGCAAAAUGCUAAAAAUCACAUACAAAUUUAUAAUAUAAUACUAUGGUUUAACUGUUAGAACCGGGAUAGCCAAUUUAUGACUUUUUUUAAUUUCUCUUUUAUUAAUUAACAUUAAAUCACACUGGAAAUCUAUAACCGAGAGUGAAAAUAUGUCUAAGCUUAUUCUGCAACAAUGCGUAUCUCAGUUUUUGUAGUUUUACAGGUGAUCAUUUUAGAAAAUAACACUUAACACUAUUGUCGUGUGUUAUUGGUUGAAAUACGCGGAUGCAAGCUUUUCAUAUGUAAUAGAUGUUAUCAUUUUCAUAAUUUCCAAUGUACCCACAAGUUAUAGUCCUCAAAUAGGCUUCAGAAGGGUUUUGCAUAGCAGCAGUUUAUUAUUCGGGUUAAAUUUUGAAUGUUUACCUAAAAGUGCGUAUAGAGACUUUUGUCUAGAGUUUAACAAAAGACGUUUUUGUUUUAUAUGCCCUAAGUAUUUGACGCUAGUAACCAAUGGUAAUGUUAAAAUAAUAAUUUUAUUUUUUCAAAUCCUGAGAAACGUAUUGUUGCAGUACAAGUAAUAUGUAUUAUAAAAAUGAAAAACAGUAGUCUAUACUCCAGUCUACUAGAAAGAAAAUUGAUUACACAGACAUUUUACCAUUUAGUUAAACGCGUUUUAAACAACGCGCCUAGCUGUGACGUAUCUAUUCGAAUGUUCUAAAAAAUUUCGCGGUGUAUCGUUUAGUAUUUAGGAAAUUUUAAAAUCGAUAUUACUUCGGUACCGACACAUUUGUCCUCUCGAUUCGUAUUGGUCUAAUGUAUGGGCGUUGUGUUUAAUAUGAGAAGUAUGCAAAUCGUAGUUGUACAAUAGACGCGAUUUGUUCAAAUAUUAUAACAUAAAUAACUAAUUCAAAAUCAUCAAUAUGUAAACUAAUACUUCCGAUAACAAGUGUAUGAUAACACAUUAUGUGUUUAACUUUGAAUAUUAAUAAUAAUUUUUCUCCGCACUUCAGUUCACGCGAUAAACAAAUUAAACAAUACUAUUUAAAUUAUUAUUAUUAUUUUUUUUUAUCUAUAGUUUUUAAAGAACACGCUAGUUUUUAUUCUAUUAUCUCGAUAGUUAUUUUUUAUUGUAUAAUUAUUAUAAUAAUAAAAAUAAUAAUCGAAUUAUUAAAUGUUUAAUAUAAAGUUAAUUCCAAAGCUAAUAUAUUAAGUUUAACAUAAAGAUCGGUUGGUAGGGGCAAGUAAUAUAUCUGCGAAUUUUCCUAUGAUAACAUUAAACUUGGGUGAUAAUAUGCAUAUUAUUACUUAUAGUGAUUUUCGAUCAAUUGCGGUGUACAAAAGUCUAAAUAUAAUAUAUUAUUAGGAGUACCUACAAUUUACACGCCUAUUCAAUCGCAAAUCAAACAAACACGAAACUUUUUAAAUGUUUUUAUCACCUAAUCGUUCGAAUCGUGUGUAAUAAUUGUAAUAAUAAUUAUAUCGUUUAUCUCUAAAGAUGCUCGUAAUAUCUAAUUUCUAUUAAGUAACACAUAAUAAUUAUGAUGAUAAUUAUUGCACUUUGUAUUCAAUUGUGUAGACAAUACGGUGUAUCGAACGUAGGUAUAUAGCUGUAAAGGUACUUUGAUGAGCUUCAAUUAUAAUGUAAAUUAUUUAAAUUGAUUUGCAUACAUUUUUCUUCGCGAUAUCUCUGUCGACCUUAUUUGACUUAGCCGGUGAUUGUAUGAAUAAAUUCGUUAAAUUAUUCACUGUCCACUCUGCAAAUUCUUUAAAAUAUAAUUGAUUGAUUGAUUAAACUUGGGUAUUUGUUAAACGUCUAUUUUAUUUACUAUCGUUUAUUUAAAAAAAAAACUAACCGCCAUUUAAACACGUAUUCGAUGACGUGAUCCGUUUUCUUUGACAAGUUUGAUUUUUUUUUUUCGAAUUUGUAAAAUAAAGCUUAAUUAGCAGAAAAUUAAAAUAAUUUGUAUUAUAUGUUAAUUUAUUUGGGAUUUACUAGUCUGAAUCAGCAUUUUUACAAUUAUAUUUUCGUAAAGUUCAAAAAUAAUUUUAAGGUCACGUUACGGCAAUAGUAUAUCCUAAUACAGUUAUUUUUUAAUUAUAACCAAUAGGGUUUUUAUUGAAAUUUAUAGUAUUUUUUUUUACUAUUCCUAAACCAUGUUAAAUUUACGACAAAAUAGAAAAAUAUCAUCCAUUCUAUACAUAAUGUUUUAAAUAUUUUAUCGGUUCACAAUUAUCUGUUAAAAUAUAGUAGUAUGUGUCACUUUGAAGUGUACCUAAAAUAUUUCAGUAUUAUUUUUUCUAUUUCACUAAAUUUCUUUUGCUUUCAGCAGAAAUUAUAAAAUCAUCAUUAUAUAAAAAUAUUAAAUUGACGUAUAUACUACAUCAAAAUAAACAUUCUAUCGUUUAUCAGAAUAGUUUAGCCACACCUAAAGAGCAUAUGGUCAACUGAUAAAGAAAGUACUAGUGGAAAAAAUGAACAGAACAAGUACCCUAAGCAGAUCCAGAUAUCGGUGAAUUGAUGUAGUAACCAAAGACCUAAGAGUAGUGGAUCAGCAUAUAACAUUAUCAUUCGACUUAAAAUAGAGAUAGAUGGUACCUAUUUAGAGAUCCAAUUUUAUUGGAACUUUCCUGUACCAUUUUGAUCUAGUUGGUUCAUUGGGAAAUUGUUUUUUUUAUUGAUUCCUACAAGUUAACUUGGCAGCAAGGAACAAAAAUUACUUAUAAUACUCUGCUCAGAAUCGUUUUUCGUUAGCAAUGAUUUAUUCAGAUGUUUAUCGUUGCGUACAGAUAUAAAUUAAAUUACUCAGUGGCACGCCCACAGUAAAAUCAGACUUAUAUGGUUAAUUGUACUUCCAUAAUAUACUAAAAAAAAAAAAAAAAAAAAAAGACACGUCGAUUAUAAAAUAUAAAUAUGUUUUUUUGGCGUUCCGCUUGACUUAUGACAUAUCAAUCAACUUGAAUUUGGAUUUGAAUUAUCCUCCUCCUCCCCCGUAUCGUAUCUACUCACCUACCUGCUUACCUAUCUACGGUCUAAAAACGGCGUAAGGUUCGUUUGACACGUGGAUACAAGCGUUAUAAAAAUGUUAUAGGGUUCAAUGGAUACAUUACACGAUGUGUAAAUAAUUUUUCGUAACACUCUAAAACCUUUUACACAAAAACACACCCAUCGCGCUGCGCCAUUCCAUCAUCGGAAUAUAUACAAUUUUAUAUUAUAUAUUUCAGUAAAAACUGUUUAUUUUUUCCCCAGAUUGUUCGCGACGCUCAAAAAUUGGCCAUGCGGAUGAAUCACCGAGGCGCAUGCUCGUGCGAUAACGAUUCCGGCGACGGCGCCGGUGUAUUGACAUCCAUACCACACUCGUUUUACGCCCAUGAACUAAGGUUUUUUAUACAUUUUUUUCAAUAUUCAUAAUAGUACCUGUGUAUGUAUUACGCAUUUACGCCGAGCAAUUGGCAAAUUGAAUUAGUACUUUCUCCUCUCCACCCGAUUCCCUUACCCUAUUAAAUUCCAAAUCACUUAUUUACAUGUACGUAUAUAAGAUGGUAGAUAAUAAUAUACACGAUAACCCUUAAAAAUAGGUUCAAUUCGCUAAAAUAUCACUACAGAUCCAUACUACGACACCGUAAAUUAAAUUCGUAUUUGAUUUAAUUUAACCAAUUGUAUCGGAUCCGAAAAUCUACCAAGUUGGAUGAAAAAUUGUUAGGAAUUUUAGAAAGGAAAACAUAUUGAGAAUAACCCGUAGACUUAAUGAAUUAUGGAGGUUAGAGACUAGAAGAACAAAAUAAAACGAUGAAGCAGGAAUAGUAUAAGAGUCUUAAAAAACACUAGACUGAGGUGGACUGAACAUGUGUAGAAAUCGGAAGGAUUAUUACUUAGACAAAUAUCGAAAUAGAAACUGGAUACUAAACGGCCAAGAACAACUUCUGAACUGAAAUGGUGGGACAGAGUGAGAUUUGAGAAUGCUAGGCGCGGUGGACACAAAGAAGAACCUAAAAACAGGGAGAGAUGAUAGCAGCAUGUUGUCGUGGGCAAUGGACUUUAAAUGAUGGUCUUUAAAAAGCAUUGCAAUUACAAUGUCAGUGUUUUUUUUUUUUUAAUAAGUACAUUAUUUAAGUAUGUACAUAAAUUGGUAUACGAGUGUAUGUACUUCAAUAUAACAAUAUUAAAAUCUAAUAUUUCAAAAACUUACCUGUAGCCGUCUUAAAUUUGACAUAAGAAUAUAAUACUUACUAGAAUCAUAGAUAAGUAAAUAUUGACAAGGACAAACCGUCAAUAUUAUUGUUGACGUACUCAAUAAACGUUAAGUGAAUAUCGACAUGUUUUCAACGUAUUCUAAAUAACGCUAUUGAUAAUAAUAUAUUUCCAUUCAUUUCGUAAGAUAUCAUCAUAAAAAAGUGAUUUUUUUUCUAAUUUAGAUACUCGUAUUGUAUAAUAUUUCCAAUUACGAUUCGUAUUUUUAAGUGUCUUAUUUCUAUAAGACUAUUUCAAUGAAAUCCUUGACCAUCAUUUCUUUUAAACGCACGUCAAACUUUUUCCAGCGAUAAAAUGCUAACUCACUGCUGGUUUAUAAAAUACAUAUUUAUUUUAUCUAUGCAUUAUUACGUUGAUAUAUUUUCGUUGUUAUUUGAUACAAUUAUAGUCUAUGACCUAUGUCGACAAAAUAAAACUUUAUUUUUACGAUCGCUAAACAGUUUUAUUAUUUUUUCAUAUCAUAAAAAUUUCCCUCCCCUCCCUCCUUUCAAACAGUUGUUAUUUUUUCUCACUUCGUUCUGGCAUCAUUUAAAAUAUAUUAAAACUCGAAUAAAAUAAUAUGGACAUUAUUGAUGUUAAACAAAUUAGCUGUGUAAAUGUUGACGUAGUAACACAAAACGAAAUAAUUAGGACAUUUACAAGAAAUACGACAAAAUUCUAGGUUGAAUCGAAAAAAAACCUUUUUUCCAAAUUAAUUUUAUACGUUGGAUUUGAUUCAUUUUACAAAUAUCUACAAAUACUUAAAAAUUUAAUUUUUACUAACUAUUAAUAAUUAAAAAUAUAUUUGACUUAAUAGGUAUUUGAUAAAUUAAUUUUUCUCGAAAAAUCGAUCAUUCUGUAGGUUUUAAAUUUUGUUAUUAAUUCUUUAUAUUAUUGAGGCAAUAAAUUAUAAUAUGGUUUGUCAAUAGUUAGCAAACUUAUUUUGUUCUAAUCACUCGUCAUUAAUUAACAAUUUUUUUUUUUUAAUCUGUGCAUUAAUACACGUUCGAGAAUUAUAGUAUACUAAUAUAGUAGGUAUACAUAAUAUAUGUGUAACUUAUUGUAACUUAUAUUUUUAUGCAUGCCAAUAGUCGUCUGUUACUAUAUUAAACAAUUUCCUACAAUCUACGCAUAUUCACCAAUAAUUAUUUUCUAUUGUUUCAUAUAAAUAAAACGACACAAUUUAUAUUAUAUUAUUAUUUUUUUUUUUAAUGCAGUAUAGUAUAGUAUAGUAUAGUAUAUUUAAUAUAGUAUAGUGUGAUGAAUUAUAAUGAUAAUAGCAAAAUUAAAAGAAUACUAAAAUAAACGAUGAAUAUAUAUUUUUUUAAAUAACAUUCCAUACAAUAUUUCAUUUAUUUUCAUUUUUAUUAAUUUAGUAUUGCUGUUAUAGUCUCACUUAGUUUUCUUUUUUAAUCAACCCAUUAAACUAAUAUAAGUCGAUCUAUCUAUAAAACAGAAGAAUUAUUAAGUAGGUUAAUCAAGUCUAUUGAAGUUAAGUUAUCUGCAAAUAUUAUAGAACCCUCGCUGUAGCAAGGCAAGUCAAAUAUUAUACCCUAAGAAAAAAUUUAAAUUGUCCUAAUAUCGCGAUACAGAUGUUUCAAAUAGCAACAUUGAAAUAUUUUCCAUGUUAAGCCAAAAAUAUUACAGUAGGCACAUUAAAUUAUUUAUAAUAUGUAUAGAUAGAUAUACAAAUUAUAAAUUAUAUUCAUAUAAAUAGAAUUUUAAAAUUUUAUUUUGUUUAAAGUAAAUAAAGAAAGUACGAGGGUAACAUUCACGUCACAUCUUAAUAAUAUAUAUGUAUAAAUUCUAAUAUUCAAACGUUUACUUUAGAAUUUAUUUAUGACCAUACGCCACUGCAGAAAAUAACUACACAAAUGUCUCACGUACAUCUAAUGUUAUGGGCGUGGGCAGUUCAGUCGUCCAAAUUUGUUUAUUAUCCAUAGAAUGAUGACUUUGUCCUAAUUUCACGCAUGAUCUUAAAUCGAGAGUUAAUAAUCUUAAAAAUAGGUUUUUCAGAAAUUCGAGUGGAUGUUCUAACUUAAUUUUGUCUCCCUCAAAGGAGACGAUGUAAUAAUAGAAAUAACGACUUGAAACGGAAUAAUUUCCACCGACAGAGUGCGUGGAUUAUAGUUUAUAAUUUUAAUAUAUUUUAUAAAGACAUAAUUCUAUUAUAAUGUUCAACGUGAAUACGUCUUUUUUUUAUGGAGGGGGUCAUAUUAUAAUACUGCGUGUAAAGCACAACAUGUUUAUUUUACAUCGAUUUACACGUGAUUAUAAAAAAUAUAUUCAAUAUUGUUUAAUAAUUUUUCAUCUCAGUUUUUAAAAAUUGAAAUACAUUGUUAAAAGAGCGUAUGAUAUUCUCAAUAUGAUGUAUUUCAUUAUUGUAUAAAGAAACUGCGUAGGAUAAUAAAAUUACAGCGCAUAAAAAGUUUUAUCAAAUGAUAGAGACUGCAGUGGUUUAGGUUUGGGUAUGCAUUAUACAGAGAAAAGAAAAAUAGGAUCGGAGUAGAUAUAAUAAUGUAUAGAUCAGGUAUUAAAGGUCGAGGGGAGAUCAAGAAAGCCUUGGUUGGAUGGAAUUAGAGGAGAUCCGGAGAAAACGGAAAAUAUUGGUUGAAAAAAGUGUAUUAGAUAGAUAGAGGCAGAUGGAAGGAAGUUGUGUUGACAGCAGAGGCUUUUAAGCUAGAGAAGAAAGAGAGGGAGAAAAUAUCCCGUAGUCUUGCAGGAGAAAAUUAAUUUUAUUAACAUUAUGCCUACAACACUUUAACUCGACUUAAAUUCUAGCGCAAUUUUAUUCGCCCUAUUAAUACAGGAAAUAAGAUAAUAUUAUACAACGCGUUUCUUUCUGUAUUUCGUCUAUAAAUUAUGUAGAUUAAACCGAUAAAAUCGAAUAUUAGUCUAUAAUAUACAUUUUUAAGUGCACGUCGUUAUGACGAUAAUAUGAUUAAAAAAAAAAAGCUAGCCGUGACGUAUAUAAUCGAGGUACGGUCGUCGCUCUUGCUAUCGAUUAUUAUUAUAUAUUAUUAUUAUAUUGCAUACCGGGUUUGAAAAGUAUGUCGACGAUGCUUUAAAAUAUCAAGUAUAAAAGAGUAAAAACUGUCCGCCAUUUUCUAGCACUUUGCAAAUAUUUGAACAAUAAAUAUCAUUUCCGACUGCUAUCUAUAUCUACCUACACCUACUUUUUCAGGCAGUCAGUAAUAUUAAUAUAAUAUACUAUCUCGUAAAUGUGUUGACUCGUGACAAAGUAUAAAAUAACACGUCAAGAGCGCAUCAUUUUACAUUUUACCCCAUAAAGCAAUCGUUUAAGUUGAAAUAAUUUGAAAACGUAUACGAAUAAUAUUAUAUUUUCCCAUUUGUGUUUAAAUUACAUUAUUUAGUUUUUGAAAAAGCUAGGAAAUUGGGAACAACAGCGUAUCUAAGAUUUUUUUGGAGGGUAAAAGGAACAAGGUUUUUGUAUUUCUAGUAUUCAUAAAUAAAUAUAGCAAUAAAAAAUAUACGUACAUACUUCGCAUGAUGGGUGGGCCAUUGUUAUAGGUGAGAAGUUGAGAAAGUAGGACAUACAGAGGAAUUUAAUGUACCUAUAUCUGUACGUAACAAUUAAUCUUUUCCAAUGAAAAACGAUUCUGAGCAGAGUUCGGUUAUACAUGUUUUUGAAGGGCAGUAAUAUUUAUGAUUUUUGUUAAAAUUUGAUACUAAUACUACAUUACACUCAAUUUUUUUUUUUUCUACCACAAAGUACGACUAAUAAUGAACCUUUCGUUAGGUCAAGCACUUCUGUUUGGCCGAAAAAUUUUAUCCACAAAGUACCUACCGAAUAAAAAUGGCGAAAAAAAUUCACAACAUUUAAAAUAAUGAUUUCGUAAAUUUUCCCGUUUUGUCUACGUUUUUUUUCAAUUAUUAUGAAAACCAUUUGGAAAAUCUAAAACUCAUCUUUCUAAUUCACUAACUAGAUACAAUUUCCUUUCAGAAAAGGCGCUACACUUAAUAUAUCGACCAAGAUAUCUGAGAAAAAAGUUGCGCAUAAAUUUAAAAAAAAAAAAAAAAAAACAUUUUUGUGUAAAACCAUAAGUUUUUUCGUUCCACUCAGAAUCUAAAAUCUGUUGCGAACGAAAACAUUUUGGAGGAUAUGGGUGGGGCGGGAGUUGUACAAAUAUCAUAUAUUUACCCUGUAAAUUGAAAUUUGAAUAUUCCCCCUUUUUUUUUAAUUGUAAAAAUUAUUGAGUACUUUAUACUCCCCUGUCUACGUUUGCCACUAUUCAAAAUAUUAUACAUAAUUACAUUUUUUUCGAUGAACAUAAUUAUUGAAAUUAUUUGUAUUUUUACAUCUAUUAUAGAUGCCUAUGUAUAUUUGUUAUAGUAUUUUAUCUUUUUAAAUCCAUGAACAUACAAAAGUCACUAUGGUGUACAACACAGUGAAGUGGUAAAAUAUAAAAUAGUUGUAGAUUAUACUUUCUCGGCCCUAAUUGAAUUUAUAUUUCCUACGUUAACGAAAUUCCUACGCGCUACCGAGAUAAAAUAUAGUUAAUUUAUUAAUUAGAAAUAUUAUACUCAUUCAAAUAAAUUGAACUUAUUACUUCAUAAUCUCGAUAACGCUUGAAAAUAAUUGUUAUAUUAUAUGUAAAAAAUCAAUCUACAGGUUAAUGUACAUGUUUAAUCGUAUCAAUGAUUAACCGUGAAUGUAAUUUUUUUUUUAUUAUUUUAUCUGCUCUACUGAGAAUUUAGGGUCAUAUUAUAUGUAACACCAUCCCACCCACAACUCAAAAAUACGUGGUUUCGUGAACGUUUUUAGAAAUUGAACUAUGAAAGUAUACAAAUUUAUCGUUUUCAAGUAUGAUUCACUAUUAUAUAGGUACAUUAUUGUCCCGACGGUUGUUUUUAUACAACUCCAUAAAUCACGCACUACGAUAUACAAAGUCAGAGUGCGCGGGGUUAUGAAUAGCAAAUUGUUUGGCUAAUCGUACACAUUGAAUUUGAGAACUACCUAGGUACGGAUGCAUUUCAUAUAAUAUUUUACAUAAUAUUAUUAUUUAUUUACGUAUCGGGUUGAAUUGUUAAUAUAAGUUUUAUAAAAACGGGAAAAUUAUCGAAUUAAUCAAAUAAAAACCCAAAUAAUGACUCAAACCGGUUCAAACGUCGUUGUUUACUAUAUGCGAUUAGUGAGUUAUUUUUGUCACGUUCAAAUGAAAAAAUUCCUAAUACCUAAUCGGUUUAAGUCGGUUUAAUUAGGUAUUAUUAAUGGGUAUACGAGAAACAAAAUAUUUUAUACAAAUUAUAUUGUCUACUAAAGCAUUACUUACUAUCGUAAUAUCAAGCAUUCACCCGAAUACUCAAUAUAUGUAGAAAGUGCCGCGGGGGAAAAUGAUCACAAUCAAAAUAAAGAUAUGAUUUCAUCGUCUCGUGGUUUGUUCCUGAACAUAAUUGAUGCACGGAUCAAGAUUUGGAAAUCGUAGUGCCCGAGUUAAAAGGAAAAAGUGCAAUCUUGAAAAUGUUGGGAACAUUCACUAUAUGAUCGUUUUUCCUCGCAGCCCAUCAUAAUAAUAUAAUCUCGUCUAUUUCUUUCAAAUUUUUUUCGUAUAACACCCGAAACCAUAAUCUGCUCACUAUAUACCGGUCCAUAUUACUGUAUAAUAUACGUUCGUCACACUUUUCCUCAGGAUUGGAUUAUGGGAGGGGAGGGAGAACUGUGGCUCUGGGCCGCAAAACAAAGGGGGUAAUAUUUAGUCGUUUUUUGUUUUGUCUUUUUCAAUUUUUUUAAAUUUUGUGUAGUGAAGAAGCUAUUAGAUUAUAAGGAUGUGUUUUUCUUGAAAAAACUUUUUUGGUUAGUAAAAAUACUUUAUCUCAAAUACCUUUAAACAUACGGUUUUCCGCCCGAUGGAACUGUAUUUGAAACAUGUGUAGAAAUGUUUAAAAAUUCACACUUAGGUUCUUUUUUUUUUUUUAAAUACGAGUACCUCGUAACAAUGUAAUGCAAUAUUAUACCGAUAAAAUAUAACGAGUGCCGUUAAUAUUUUAAAAAAAAAAAAACCGAACGUCGAAUAAAAACUAAUAUAAAUCAGAAUCGAAAAAAAAAACCCGUUCCGGGUAAAAGGGCCCCGCCAAGAUUAUAUGGGCCCCUCCCCCUUCAGAGUGAUGACCGUAAUCCGGCCCUUUAGCUUUUCCUCCGUAAUUCCACCUGUCCGUCCUCGCUUUCUCAUACUCGUCCGUACCCGCACGGGUUUAUAAUAUUCUAUGAUCGUGUUAUUUAUAUGUUCCCGAUUUCGGAUUUUACGUGUUACAGCGAACGGGAAAACGUGGAUUUGCCGCCGGCGGGCACGUACGCGACCGGCAUGAUUUACUUGGACAAGACGCACCACGCGGAGAGCGAGGAGAUGUUCGCGGCCAUCGGCUUAGAAUGCAAUAUCAAAGUGAGUUAUCGGCGUAAUGGAAUAAUAUUAUACAAAAGCACUUGUUUUUUUUUCUUUUUCUUUUUUUGGUGUUUUUUUUUUUUUCUAUUUUUAUGCGUGUGUAUACGACCGCCGACGGACGGAAUAUAAUUUUUUUUAGCACCGUUAAGCGCACGCCGUGCCCUACGUGAAAAAACGCGCGGCCGCCACGCGUCUCUCCGUGUCUGCACGCGGGUGCGACGAGUACCUAUAUAGCGGAGGUGACGGUUAUUACUCUCUGUCUCUCUCAUUGCGAGCGGCGCACUCGCCUUUUGUCUAUACACGCGUAUCCGUCGCACGAUAUGUGGUCUGCGAAAAAAAAAAAAAUCGAAAUAAAAUAUUAAUCAGUCCUGGGCAGACGCAGAACGAUCGCGGGCGGUGAGAUAGACAACAGGCGGUUUGUAUAAUAUUUGGAAAAUCGUUUGAAUACUAUUAUUAUUAUCAUUAUUAUUAUUAUUAUUAUUAUUAUUAUUAUGUAGUAACUUAUAAUAUUAUAAUGUAAUAUGUACACGUAAUAUUAUUGUUGUAUAGCUGCGGUAUACCGUAUAAUAAUAUAGUGAAUAUAUUUUAAACGUACCGUGUACCGAAAUAUCGCAAACCCCCUCUGUUUGUGAUAAUGACGACGACGGUUGUACUUAUACAAUACACAUAUACUGUACAAUAUGUAUUUAUCAAUUAUAACGUAACACAAGUGAGCCCCCCCCCCCAAAAAAAAAAAAACCCAACACUUUAAUGUGCGAGAAUAUGAUGUGAGGCUGGGUUAUGAUAUUGUUUAUUGCAGAACGGCCCUGAUCCACAAAUAUUAUACCUCUACAAAAUACGUACCGCGACGGAAACAAAAUACUAAGCCGAUUCGAUCGAUAGACAACCACUGCACGCUAUCGUCGUACGGUAAAUUUAUCAUCUGUGUCUUUAUUAUUAUUAUUUAUUUCUACAUUACAUAUAUAUAUAUAUAUAUAUAUUAUAUUCUUAUUAUUUUUUUUUCUACUUACAUCACCACACCACGUUUGUAUUAAUACAUAUAUGUAAUAUAUAUAAUAUUAUAUCAUUAAUGUUACUUAUAAACGAAAAAAAAAAAAAGAAUAUUAUCAAUAUUGGUUUUUUUUUUUUUUUCUAAAAUAAUAUUAUAAUAUUUUAUACUAUAGUUUGAUCGCUUAUGGAUACAUCAACGGAAAUUUGUUCUCGUUACCUAUAUACCUAUACUGUAACAAAUUACAAUAAUAUGCGAUAUGGAACUAAUCAACCCCUCUCCCUUCAAAAAAAAAAUAAAUAAUAAUCCUGGAUACGACACUGUUACGUAUUAUUACGUUACACAAACCAAACGAAAUACGUUUAUUAUAAUAUAUUAUUUUCGUUCGAUUACAUAAAUCUAAUAUUAGGUUUUCUAUAAUUUUCCAUAUGAUUUUUAUACCAUAAAACUGUUCGAUUUUCGUUGUAUCUAUGAUAGAACUAAUAAGUAUUAGGUACAACGGUUGUACUGUAAUCUAUUAAUCGAUUUGAUUUUGUACAACUGUCAUUUUAAAAUGACAAUAAUACCCAAUAUCGAACAUAUACUUAGUAUAGAAAAAAAAAAAACAAUCGAAAAAACCUACUACAAAAUAUUCGUACAAAGAAACACAUUGAUCAAAUUUUUUGUUUGUGUUCUUAUGAUUUAUAUAUAAAUAUAUAUAUUUUCUUUUGUUGCGUUUAUAAAAUAAUUUAGGUGAUCCUCAUCAAGUUAUAUGUUACCAAUAAAUUAUCAAUGAUUAUCUGCAGUUAUCGCUGCAACCACAUUGAAAAACGAUGUAUUUUUAUUAAUAAUAUGCAUUUGUUUUUCUUUGUUAAAUCGUCAAAUCAUUAAUAAAUUAUUAUCACGAAUGCUUUUAUCGAUUUCUAUUAUACUAGGUAUUAUAUGCUUACACAUAAAUGCUUUUUUUCUUUCGCCUAUUUCAAAGAAAUUCAAAAACAAAGUAUGUUUAAACAUAUUGUUUUGCAUUUUAAAAUCGAUAAAAUGUUGAAAAAUCUAACAUUACAUAAGCGAUUAGACAUAUAUUAUAAGUUAAACAAAUAUAAAAAUGUAACACUAUCGCCUGUUAUAUACUAUAGUAGUAUAUACAAUAUAUCAUCUAUGUAUAUUAUAUAUAUUAUAUAAUAAAAAAUAAUAACGAAUGUAUAGAAUUAUUACCGGCAAUAGAAGACUUUUUUUUUUUUUUUAUAAUAGCUGAAAUAGCUGAUACAUAUACCUAAAAAAAAUGUGUAUUCUAUAUAGAAGUUAAGUUGAUAUUAUUUUUAAAAAGUAAAAAAGUAGGUAUUAUCUGCACCAUUUUUUUUUUCUAGUUAUCAAAAUCCUCAAAUUGUUUUACAACAAAAUGUUUCUCUCGAGUUCCUACUAUACUCGCAACUCCCGUCUAUAUUUAUCCAUUUGUACAAAUGAAUAAAUAAUGGGUAUAUUUUCGUGGGACACCCUGUAUAACCACUUGUUCUCGGUCUUACUCUUCCUCGUUUCCCCUCUGCCGUCCUCAUUUACUGCGACGAUAUAAUAUGGAGUUACGGUGUCUCAGCAUAUUAAUAUGCCCUAACAUUAUAUCACACCAACGUUUUGUUCUUGUAAUAAUAUUAUUAUACCGUUUGGCAGAGUAAUAUAUUUUAUUUUUAUUUUGCUUUGUUCUAAUGCCUAUUACUUCGUUUUCUUUUCUGUCCAUUUUACUCUAUCCCUUUUUUUUCCGGCACCACAUUUUUAGAACCUCUAUAGCAUAUAUUAUCAUAAAUAAUAACAAACACGAUGUAUAUGUAUAUACAUAUUAUCAAGCAUUUUAUGCAUAACAAUUAUUUAUUAAUAAGUAUCGAUCGGACCGCAUAUUAUAAUAUAAUAUAUUAUAUUGAUAUUGACUUACAGGUGUGUGCCCACGGCAUUUGCAUGUUUAAUAACCCUAAAUAUUACUACAAUACAUUCUUAGACCCGACGGCCGAUUUCGAACCCACUCGCGACGAAGUCCCUAUAAUAUUAUCGCUAUGCCGAAUAAUAUUAUAUCGAUUCUUCUUUAGUGCAACCCCGCAAAAAAAAAUUUAUAAAAAAAAAAAAAACAACGCCCCAGUAAAAAAAAAACUCCCGAGUUUGCGAUGCGUACUGAUCGCCGGCCCGUAUUAUAAUCUUUGCAGGUGUUAUGCUGGAGAACAGUACCAGUCCGGAACAAUCAGAUCGGCGAGGUGGCCAGGAGCAGCGAGCCGUUCAUCCGUCAGGCGUUCGUCGUUGACGGCGCUGAGAAGUUCGACGAGGAUAACUUCAAGCGCCGCGUGUUUGCACUCCGCAAGCGGGCCACGCAUGCCAUACCCAAGCCGGGCAGGAGGUUUUACAUUUGCUCGUUGUCGCACACCGUCAUCGUCUACAAGGGCCAGUUCACGUCCGACCAGCUUUGGGCCUACUUUGCCGACCUACAAGUACGCUAAUGUUGUAUUAUUUAAUACAAUUCUACGGAUCAAAUAAUUCUAACUAUUUACAAUAAUUCUUGCGUGUCUUGUACAAUUGUUAUACAGAGUCCGGAUUACGAAGCGUAUCUGGCGCUAGUGCACACCCGAUUCUCCACAAACACUUUCCCGAGCUGGGAGAGAGCCCAUCCUUUGAGGUAAAUAUAAUUUCCUAGUCACAAACAAAACAUUAAUACCUAUACUUGCCGGUUUCAACAAUACCUACCUAUCUAUUCCCAUGAUAACCGAAGAAUAUUCGCGGAGGCCCCUUGAUUGCGGGGCGACGGUAAAAGUCGUUUCUUUGGAAUUAUCUAUCUAACCUAAUGAUGUUGUGCGUUUGAUUCAGGGUGUUGGCGCACAACGGCGAGAUCAACACGGUACGUGGCAACGUGAACUUCAUGAAGGCCCGGGAGGGUGUGAUGGAAAGCAAGUACUUCGACGACGUGAAAAAACUAUAUCCGGUCGUCGAACCGAAUUUGUCGGAUUCCGGGUCGGCCGAUUGCGUGCUGGAGUUUUUGAUCAACGCUGGCGAGUGUUCGCUGCCGGAAGCCGUGAUGACCAUGGUCCCGGAAGCCUGGCAAAACGAUGAGACGAUGCCGUCCGAAAAAAGAGACUUCUACAACUGGGCAGCGUGUGCCAUGGAACCCUGGGACGGUCCCGCGCUUUUGACGUUCACCGACGGCCGAUACGUCGGUGCCUUGCUAGACAGGUAAUAAACCUACGUGAUGUGAUACGUGUACUCUAUAAAAUACUCAAUCGCAAUUAUAAUAUAUAGGAACGGACUGAGACCUUCUCGUUUCUAUGUAUUGAAAGACAACGUCAUGGUCAUGGCAUCCGAAGUUGGCGUCUACGAUACUGACCCGGCCAACGUGGCUCAUAAGGUGGACUAUAUUUUCUGUUUUUUUUUUUUGUAAAAUACAAAUUUAUCGGUUUUUCUUCGUACAGAGUCGUUUGAAACCAGGCCGUAUGCUGUUGGUGGACACCAAAGAAAAACGCAUUAUCCAGGAUGUUCAACUGAAAUCAGACAUUGCUAGAAGUAGACCCUAUUCCGAUUGGCUCCGGGAACAGGUAUUAAAUGUUUUUUCCUCGUCGUUAUUGCGGCUAUUUUAAAUAAUAUCAUUUGUAUUGUACACGAGAAUUAAAUCAUAAACCGUUUUGUUUUGUUUAUUCGAUGCCGCAAAUUGUUUGUUUCCUGUACUACUUUUACAGAGGGUGAGUUAUAUGUGUUGAUAAAUGAUUUGAAAAUAUGCUUCUGCAGUCUGCACCUAUACCUUGAUACCUUCGCGUAUUUCUCAGGAAUGCCUAGCUAUUUAGUUUUCUAAGGUUUUCUUUACAUUUAAGCUGUUGUAAAUAUUAAUAUUUUAUAUACCAUAUUUGUUUAUACGAUGGUUUAAUGUUUUAUUGAUAUACAUGUAUAGUACUAAUACCUAUAUAUUAAUUUAUAUCAAAAAUAUCUUCCAACAACUGUCUUCAUACACUUUAGGUGUUUUAUUUGUGUGUAUAUAAUGUAGUAUAUGUAUAUAAUAUAUUAUCUGCAUUGAAAUUUUUAACUGUUUAUUAAAAUAUAUGUUGAAUUUUAUAGAUUACAAUUGAAGAUUUAAGAGAAGAAGCUGUCGCUCAAGGAUUCGGUUUGGUGCGAGCUAAAUCGAUUGAAUUCAUAAGUGGUGAACGUAAUAAGACGCUGAGAGAUAACAUUCCAGAACAAGAAAUGACUCGCAUAUGGGGAGGAGACAGACGCUUAUUGUUAUUUAAUUAUUCUAUUGAAACUAUUAACAUGCUAAUUAUUCCGAUGAUCAAAACAAAGUAUGUUAAUAACGUUUAAAUAUAUAAAAAGUUAUUUUGAAAUUUAAUAAAUGGUUUGGUGUUUUAGAAAAGAAGCAUUGGGCUCAAUGGGGAAUGAUACUCCACUCGCUUGCCUAUCUCUUUUUCAACCAUUGUUAUACUCCUACUUUAAACAACUAUUUGCCCAAGUAACAAAUCCACCCAUUGAUCCCUUCCGUGAAAAAAUUGUUAUGUCAUUAAUGUGUCCAAUCGGACCUGAAGCUAAUAUUCUCAUACCUAGUGCUAAACAAUGUCACAGACUAUUUUUACCAAAUCCAAUAUUAUCCCUUUAUGAUCUAGAAGUUCUACGUAAUAAUCAGCACCGUGGAUGGAAAGUAAGACUUAUUAUUAUUAAGUGUUUAUUUCAAGAAUAUUGAUUAAUAUUUUUUUAAUCAUAUUAAUUAUCAUAUUGUGAUUAAAAUAUUUCUAAAUAAAUACUAACUAUACCUAUAAAAAUAGUUUAUAGUAUACAUUUUAAUCUACAGUUUUUAAAAUUAAAUAAUAUUACACAUUUACAGACAAAAGUAAUAGACGUUACAUUUGAUAAAAAAUAUGGACCACGUGGGGCUUCUAUAGGAUUGGAUCGUGUAUGUAAAGAAGCCAGUGAUGCUGCAGCAAAUAAUUAUCAACUCAUUAUAUUGUCAGAUAGAUUAGUUGGAGCUCAAAGGUAAAAUACGUUUACAGUAUUUCAUAAAACUGCUUUACGUUGACAUAAUAUUUUUGUUACCUGAUUAUUACUACUUCAAUUACUUACUAUACUUUAUUGUCUAUGCCAUGCGAAGAAAUAAAUUAAUAAUUGACUUAUAAACAUUAUAUUAUUUUUCAGAAUACCAAUCGGUAUGCUAUUGGCCUUGGGAGCUACUCACUACCAUUUGAUUGAAAAGAGAUUACGUAUGAAAGUUGGUUUAAUCGUAGAAACUGGUGAAGCUAGGGAAGUUCAUCAGAUGUGUGUUUUAUUGGGUUAUGGAGCUGAUGCCAUAUGUCCUUAUCUAGUAUUUGAAAUGGCUAAAAGUUUGCGUGCUGAAGGAGUAUUGGAUGCGUCAUUUACUGACAAAGUAUUAUUUGAGGUUAGUAAUUUAAUUUUUUAUCAAAUUCUAUUUUAGAUACUUAAUAUUUAAUACUUUCACCUGAAAUUGCAGAACUAUUGCGAGGCAAUGGAGCGUGGAAUAUCUAAAGUAAUGGCAAAAAUGGGUAUAUCAACUUUACAGUCUUACAAAGGAGCCCAUAUAUUUGAAGCUGUUGGGUUGGCAGAUGAAGUAAUUAACAAGUGUUUUGACGGUACUCAAUCACGUAUUGGUGGUAUAAAUUUUAAAUGUUUGGCUGAAGAAACUUAUCGACGGCAUUACCUAUCAUUUUCUCUUCGGAACACGGACAUGUAUGUUUUGGUCAACCCUGGUUUUUUCCAUUGGCGUUAUGGGGGGGAAAAACACAUAAACGACCCAGUCAGCAUAGCCAACCUACAAGUAUAGUUUUAUAAAAAAAAUAUUUGAUUUGUUUCCAUAUUAUACAAUAUUGUAUUCUAGGAAGCAGCAGUUAACAAAAAUACAAAUUCUUAUGAUAAAUUUUGUGAAUCAACAAUGGAAAGUGUACGCGCUUGCACCCUUAGAGGACAAUUAGAAUUGGUCCCUACAACUAAAUCGAUAGAUAUUUCUGAAGUUGAACCAGCAGUCAAUAUUGUAAAACGUUUUGCUACAGGUAAAAUAUCAAAACUUAAACUUGUUUAGAAAAUAAUAAAAUUGGUUUAAUGUGUUAUUAAGGUGCUAUGAGUUUUGGCUCGAUUUCUAUUGAAGCACAUUCAUCUCUAGCAAUUGCAAUGAAUAAAAUUGGAGGAAAAUCAAACACAGGAGAAGGAGGUAAUAAAGUUUUAUAUUUAUAUUUUGAGUGUAUUCUAUUUAUUGUAUCUUUUUAUUUUAGGUGAAAAUGCUGAUCGCUAUUUGAAUCAAGAUUCAGAGAAUAAUAAACGAUCUGCUAUCAAGCAAAUUGCUUCUGGUCGAUUUGGUGUAACAAGUUCCUAUUUAGCUCACGCUGAUGAUCUGCAAAUUAAAAUGGCCCAAGGUGCUAAACCUGGUGAAGGAGGAGAAUUACCCGGCUAUAAAGUGACAAAAGAAAUUGCUGCCACUAGACAUUCAGUACCCGGAGUUGGGUUGAUAUCUCCACCCCCUCAUCAUGACAUUUAUUCAAUUGAAGAUUUAGCAGAACUUAUUUAUGAUUUGAAGUGCGCCAACCCUAAUGGGAGAAUAUCUGUGAAACUGGUUUCUGAAGUUGGCGUUGGAGUGGUUGCUUCAGGUGUAGCUAAAGGAAAAGCUGAACACAUUGUUAUUUCUGGUCAUGAUGGUGGUACUGGAGCUAGUUCAUGGACAGGUAUCAAAAAUGCAGGAUUACCAUGGGAACUUGGUGUAGCAGAAACUCAUCAAGUUCUUGUAUUAAAUAAUUUGAGAUCCAGAGUAGUUGUACAAGCUGAUGGUCAAAUAAGAACUGGUUUUGAUGUAAUUGUUGCUGCUCUGUUGGGUGCUGAUGAAAUAGGCUUGAGUACUGCACCUUUGAUUGUACUUGGAUGUACCAUGAUGAGAAAAUGUCAUUUGAAUACUUGUCCUGUUGGCAUUGCUACUCAAGAUCCUGUGUUAAGAAAAAAAUUUGCUGGUAAACCAGAACAUGUUGUAAAUUACUUAUUUAUGUUAGCUGAAGAUGUUCGUAAACAUAUGGCUAAACUUGGUGUAUCUAAAUAUCAAGAUCUUAUUGGACGUACUGAUCUUCUUAAAAUGACAGAUAAUUACACCAACCGUAAAUCAAAAUUUUUAAAUCUUAGUCCCAUUUUACGAAAUGCUCUUCAUAUGAGACCGGGUGUCAACAUAAUUGGUGGAUCUGAAACACAAGUAUGAUCAUUGACUAUUAAUAAAUAAUAUUUAAUUUAUUUAAUAGUAGUAACAAAAUCAUUCUUACACUUAGGACUUCCAACUAGAAAAACGUAUGGACAAUGUCAUUAUAGCUGCUGCUCAGCCAGUAAUUGAUGGUUUGCAAUCAAGUGUUGAUAUGGAAGUUGUCAUUAAUAACGAGUGUCGCGCUUUUGCAUCAACUUUGAGCUACCAUAUUUCAAUGUAAGUUUUGUAUUUAUGCAUUUAUAAUUCAUAAAAUUAAUUUACAUGACAUUUGUCAAACUAGGAAAUAUGGUGAUGAUGGUCUGCCAGAUAAUAGUAUAAACAUCAAAUUGAAAGGAUCUGCAGGGCAAAGUUUCUGUGCUUUUAUGACCAAAGGAGUACAUGUAGUUUUAGAAGGAGAUGCUAAUGAUUAUGUUGGAAAAGUAAGUUAUUAAAUAUAAUUAAUUAAAAUAAAUUAAUAAUAUAAUGGAUUUUUCCAUUUAUGUGGAAAAACAUUUAACAUGUUCUAUUGUUAUAUAAUAGUGGUUCCAAAUAUAUUUUUUAUUCUACGUCCCUUUUGUAAAUUUUCAAAAAUCUCACACCCCUCCCCCCUUUAAUUAGUUUAGAUAGCCUUUUUUUUUUUUAGUGAGCUGUACAAAUAAAUUUUACAAAAUAACUAAAUUAUUAUACAUUAUAUAACUAAAACAUAGAAAACAAAUUAAAAUACUAAUCCGAAUAAUAUAUAAUUUUUAGGGGCUGUCUGGAGGAGAAAUAGUAAUUUACCCUCCAAAAUCAUCUACAUUCCAGUCUGAACUUAAUGUCAUAGCUGGUAAUGUUUGCUUGUAUGGAGCUACUAGUGGAAAAGCAUUUUUCAGGGGUAUUGCAGCUGAACGUUUUUCGGUUAGAAAUUCCGGUGCUAUAACUGUCGUUGAAGGAGUUGGGGAUCAUGGUUGUGAGUAUAUGACAGGAGGUUGUGCAGUUAUUUUGGGUCUUACAGGGCGUAAUUUUGCCGCUGGUAUGUCUGGUGGUAUUGCUUAUGUUCUUGAUGUCGAUGGAACCUUUAAAAGGUAAAGUUAAAUUAAAACCAUAUUCUCUUUUAAAAUUUAAUUAUUUAUAAUUUGUUUUAUUUAUAUUACAGUAAAUGUAAUACAGAAAUGGUGGACCUUCUUCCACUAGAUCGUCAAGAAGAUCUUGAAUAUGUUAAAUCACUUUUAGAAGAAUUUGUUCUUAAAACUGAAUCGGUUAUUGCGACUAAAUUAAUUGAUACUUGGCCUCUUUCUGCAUCAAAAUUUAUUAAAGUAUUUCCUUUUGAGUAUCAAAGAGCUUUGAAACAAUUGGCAGAAGAAACGAAAGUUGCACAGCCUCACAUAAAUCCAACUGAAACUAUAAAUGAACCAAGUGUCUGUGACAUUGAAGAAACAAUUAAUGACCAAGCAUUUGAAAAAAAAAGACUUGAAAAAAUAUUAGAUAAAACUCGAGGUUUUGUCAAAUAUUCACGUGAAACAAUGAUGUAUAGACCAGCUGAAAAAAGACUUAACGACUGGGAUGAAAUUUAUAAUACUCAACACGUCAGGAAAGGACUUCGAGUUCAAGCUGCUAGAUGCAUGGAAUGUGGUGUUCCAUUCUGUCAAUCAUCACAUGGAUGUCCUUUAGGAAAUAUCAUACCAAAAUGGAAUGAUUUAAUAUUUCACAAUAAUUGGCAAGAAGCAUGUAAUCAACUUUUACAAACUAACAAUUUCCCAGGUAUGUACCUUCAGAUAAUGUUUUAGAUUCCGAGCAUAGGGAGAAAUGUAUUAGUUUUACUAUGAUGUGUACUUUUUUUUCUUCAAAUUUUCCUCAAAAAUAGGAACUAUUUCACUGUUUUAUGUCUGUUGUAUAUAUAUGUAUAUAUGUAUAAAUAUUUUUCCUUAUAUGUUUGGACACAUUUAAUGACUCUCUGGACCAAAAGAGCUCAAAGUCAAAAAUUAGAGUUUUAUUUAAUGGUAAAAAUAUGUAGUGCGUAAUAUAGUUAUUUUUUUUUUAAUAGUGUUUUAAAUUCAAAUUUUGAUGAAAAUUAUACAAAUCACAGAAUUUCAAAACAUGUUUAACCAAAAUUUGCUCAGAAUCGUAUUUCAUUAGCAACAAUUUAUCAUUGAAUAGAGAUAUAAAUUAUAUAAAUCUAUUUAUCCUACUAUCCCAAUUUUCUAUUUACAACAGUAGCACACCCAUCACCAAUAUUAGCUAUUUCGUUUUUAUAUUAUAUAUUAGUAUAGAAGGUAACUCUUUAGUUUAAUAUUACUUUUUUUUAGAAUUUACUGGACGGGUCUGCCCUGCCCCCUGUGAAGGAGCAUGUGUUUUGGGUAUUAGUGAACCUCCAGUUACAAUCAAGAACAUUGAAUGUGCAAUUAUUGACCAUGCUUUUGAACAAGGUUGGAUUAAACCCGAAUCGCCUAAGUUUCAAACUGGAAAGACAGUAGCUAUUGUUGGAUCUGGUCCGUCAGGACUGGCAACUGCCCAUCAAUUGAAUAAAGUAUUUAUUAGUACAAUUACCUUUAUAUAUAUAUAUAUAUAUAUAUAUAUGUAUAUUGUAUAAACAAGGUUUUCAGAAUUUCAUGAUGCAGUCACUUUUUCUAUGAAAUUUCAUUAAAAAAAUUUAAUGAUUUACAUACAAAUAUUUGGAAUUCUAAAAAUUCUGAAAAUUUACAUUGUCCUUAUUUUGUUCACCCUUUCCGAGUUAAAAACCUUAACUUUUGGUUUUCAAAAGCAUCUUAUAUUAAAAAUGUCAUAAAUAGCUAUACAAUUUUAGUUUAAAUACAUUCUGGUGUUAAAAUUGUUAAUUUCUGUCAACUCAUUAACAAGAUAUUCCACUUAUAAAUUUGGAUAGGAAGAGAGUAGUGGAACAUAAUUUAUGUGACAGCACACAGCGUUUAGUAGGUCUCUACUACUCUCCCUCUACUCAUAUUUAAAGAUUGAAGAUCUUGUCAACAUGUUAAUGGAAAUUAUAAAUGACAGCACUGAAAUGUAUUUUAACUAAAUCUUUAUUUAUUUUUAGAAUUUCUUGAUAUGUUAUAGGUUGCUAUUUGAAAAACUAAAGAAGUGAAAAAAUGAAACCAUUGUUUCAGCCCCAAAAAUAAUUGUGAAAAAAAUAAGUAUUUCAUCAAAAAUUUGGCUGAAAAAUGAAAUUUUAAAAACUCUGUAUAUAAUAUAUUAUACAAAGAUGCUUAAUACAUAAAAAUUAAAAACAACAUAUUAACAAUAGUUCUUCUUAGGCUGGACAUUCGGUACAAGUUUUUGAAAGAAAUGAUCGUAUUGGUGGUUUACUGCAAUAUGGAAUUCCAACCAUGAAAUUAUCUAAACAAGUUGUGCAAAGACGAGUGGAACUUUUAAAAGAUGAAGGAAUUGUGUUUCACACAAACGUUAGCGUCGGAAAAGAUUAUUUAGCCAAAGUAAUUCUUAUGCAAAUCAAUAAUGUUGAGGUAACUAAUUAAUAUGCAUAAUAUUUAUUUUAGGAACUCUUGGAACAAUUUGAUGCGGUUGUAUUAUGCACUGGAGCUACAUGGCCAAGAGAUCUACCAAUACCUGGUCGUCAUCUAGAUGGUAUUUAUUUUGCCAUGAACUUUUUGGAAUCUUCUCAAAAGAAACAACUUGGUGGACCUACAGACUUAAGCCUGUUAGCAAAGGACAAAGAUAUAAUUGUAAUUGGAGGUGGUGAUACUGGUUGUGAUUGUAUUGCUACAUCAUUAAGACAAGUUAGUAAUUGCUUUUAGGUGUAACAUAUUGUUAUUAAUUAAAAUUAUUUGCUAAUUAUUAUUUUAGAGAGCAAAAUCUAUUACAUCGUUUGAAAUUCUUCCUGAACCACCAAAGACUAGAGGACGGGAAAAUCCUUGGCCACAAUUUCCUAGAGUGUUCAAAAUUGAUUAUGGUCAUGAAGAAGUCAAAAUUAAAUUUGGAAAUGACCCUAGACAAUUUUCCAUAAUGAGCAAGGUAAAGCUUGUAUAAAUUAUUUUUAUUAUAAACACUUCUUUUUAUAAAAAAACUUAUCUUUUAGGAAUUUAUUGAUGAUGGAAAUGGUCAUGUUAGUGGUAUCAAAACAGUUAAAGUAAACUGGACUAAAGAUGCAUCUGGAAGAUGGAAAAUGGAUGAAGUACCAGACUCUGAAGAGGUAUUAUAUUUAAAAACUAUAUUUUUAUGAGUCUUUAUUAGAUCUAAUUUUAAUUACCAAUGCAAAAUUUAGAUUUUCAAAUGUGAUAUGGUUCUUUUGGCUAUGGGAUUCCUUGGGCCUGAGCGUACUAUUGUCAAUGAACUAUCAUUAGCUCUUGACCCGAGAUCUAAUUUUGAGACAACAGCCGGCCAUUAUGCUACAUCUGUUCCUAAAGUAUUUGCUGCUGGAGGUUUGUUAUCCAAAUUUAAUCUAAUUGGCAAACUAUGGUUCAUGCUAACUAUAAAUGCUCAUUUAGAUUGCCGCCGUGGCCAGUCAUUAGUUGUUUGGGCUAUAUCUGAAGGACGCCAAGCCGCUAGAGAAGUAGAUUUAUUCCUGAUGGAACAAUCUUUAUUGCCUGGACCUGGUGGUGUAAUAUCUAUCGAAGCUAAUAGAAUAAUAAAUUGA